UAGCAAGUCGGUGUCUCUGAGAACUGACAAUCCUCUACAGUAUUCCCGACGACGACGAGACCAUUCCUUACCAUGUCCAGCCCAAGGACGUAAACGUCACUCUGCUCCGCCACCAGCUGAAAGGCGUGGCCUGGAUGAAAGAGCGCGAGGAAGGCAUCAACAAGGGCGGUAUUCUUGCAGAUGAUAUGGGCCUUGGGAAAACCGUCCAAACGAUCAGCUUGAUUGUCUCGAACCCUUCCAAAGACCCGGCAUGCAAAUCAACUCUCGUGGUGGCACCGCUCGCAUUGAUUCGUCAGUGGGAGAGCGAGAUCAAGAGCAAGACAACCGAUGGCCUUCUUUCUGUCCUUGUGUACCACGGCAGCGAGCGCAUCAGCAAUAUUGAAACGCUCAAGACUUACGACGUCGUCAUCACAACAUACAAUGUGCUGACGGGCGAGUUCCAGCCGCCAGCCAAGGAUGAACGAGACCUGGACUCGGAGUUCAUCAAGCCCGGCAAGGACUCUGGCCCGCUUUUCAAAGUGACUUGGUAUCGAGUCAUUUUAGACGAGGCCCAAACGAUCAAGAACAAGUCCACAAAGGGCGCUCAGGCAUGCUGCGCUCUGUAUUCCAACUAUCGCUUCUGCUUGACCGGAACGCCAAUUCAAAACAACCUUGAUGAGUUGUACAGUUUAUUCAGGUUCUUGAGGGUCAAGCCCUACUGUGAUUAUGCCACGUACAAGAGGGAGGUGUCCGAUCCAUUCAAACAAAGCCGGCCCAAGACCGCCAUCAAACGGCUGCAGAUUAUCCUCAAGGCUGUGAUGAUCCGCCGAACAAAGUUCUCCAAGCUCGAGGGCAAACCGUUGUUGAACUUACCCCAACGCAAGGUCGAGCUCAAGACCAUCCCGUUUUCACUCCAGGAGCGCCGGUUCUACGACUCGCUCGAAGAUCGCAUGAGGAGAAAGCUGGAUGCGUACAUGCAGGAAGGAAGCAUGGGCACCAACUACACAAACGUUCUGUGUUUGCUGCUGAGACUGCGGCAAGCUUGCAAUCACCCUAAGCUUGUUGGUGGACAACAAUCGGCCGAGAGCGACAUCGGGCCAACCAAAGACGACAACGAGGAGAUCGACGAUCUCGCAGCCAUGCUUGGAUCGCUUGAUGUCAACGUCAGGCAAUGCAGGAUUUGCCAAGAGCCACUCCCUGCUGGGAAGCCUAAGGGCGAAUGCGACACCUGCAGUGCAUCGGUUUUGGCCAAGCAGCCCACCCAGGAGCAGCUUGUGACAUCAACCAAGAUCGAAGCGAUGCUCGAUAUUCUCAAGAACACGGCCAAGACCCACCCUGGCGAGAAAACCAUCAUUUUCUCGCAAUUCACCUCGAUGCUGGAUCUGAUCGAAAAUGCCUUGAAGGAGAACGGCUUCAAGUACUGCCGAUACGACGGUCAAAUGAACAAUCAGAAGCGAGAAGACAGCUUGAGGCGAAUUCGUGAACGACCCGAGUACACGGUGAUGCUGAUUUCUCUAAAGUGUGGUUCCCUGGGAUUGAACCUUACGGUUGCAAAUCGGGUGCUCAUGAUGGACAUCUGGUGGAACCCCGCUCUUGAAGACCAGGCCAUCGAUCGAGUGCAUCGCAUUGGCCAGACGAGGGAUGUGCUUGUCACCCGACUCACAAUCGUCAGCACCGUGGAGGAUCGCAUCCUCAAGCUCCAGGAAAAAAAGCAUCGGCAACAUCAAGAAGAACAAGAAAUUGAGCGUACAGGAGCUCAUGAUGCUCAUCAAUGGAGGCGAAUGAAGCGCGGACGAGGCCCAGCAGUCAAACCCACCUUCUCAUUGUUUGAUCCCGGUCUGACCACCCGAUAUGUGUGUAAUACUUUCGUAUUUUUCCUCCCUUCCCCUUGCUAAAUUUGCCGGCUCGUAUAUACAGAGCUUAUACACUGGAUCGGUGUGAUCUUUUAUUAUGGCCGGG